AUGGCACUUGACACAGAAUUCGCACUCCUCAGCUCCCAACUUGCGAAGGCCGACAGCCAGGAAAUGGCGCACGAGAUUCACCUGCAACGGUGUCGAGUCCAGAGUCAAAAGGACAAGCUGUAUCUCAAGGAACUUAAACAACAACGGGAGGUCCAACAGGGUACCCAAGCAGGAAGCAUCUAUGAACAAACUCUCUUCCACUACCGCCAGCGAGCUAUGCCAGAGCGGGACCUCCUCACUCAGAUUUUGCCAACUAGGAUAACUAUACAAAGCUCAGCUGGGCUGGGCGCUAUGAAGGCACUAGAAACAAUCUGCAGCCAGUACCAUCUGGUUACCUAUCAAUCAGGCUUACGACCGGUCAACGGCAAGUGCAUGUGUGGUGAAUCAGUAGAUAGGUUUCACGCCCAUCGUCAAUGGCUACAUCUAUAUUGGUGCUAUCACAAGAGACUCAGUCAAAUGAGUGUAGACGAUUUUGCGGAGUUUUGCUUUGAGUGCGACAUGUGGUUUAACAAUCGCAACAAAUGGCGCCAGCACUGUGAAGAUCAUCUCAGCAAGCCUACUGAAUUGCUUCGCUGCGAUCUGAUAAUAUUCCGGAAUUGCCCGGUGAAGCCUGGUUACUGCCCUUUUUGUCUGGGUAACACAAGCCUAGGCCCGACCCAACAGAUGGAGCAAUAUCUGGAUAUGAGCAAGUGGUAUGGUCACGUUCAAUCUCACCUCAGCCACCAGAACUUAUCGGGCGAGUUUCACUGCCGGCACCCCGCAUGUACACAGGGAUACGGGUUGUUGAUUGAAUUGGCAUGUCAUCUUGAAGAUGUCCACUGCUACAAACCUCCUCGUGGAAAGAAGUGA